GCGAUUACUGUUCGGUGUGCAUAUUUUCAUCGCAAGCUAUCUCUGUUUCAUUCUAUCUUUUAAUUCCAUGUCACCCCAUCUUCUCUCAUCUCAGGCAAGUUGACGAUAAUUGCGAUCUAUGCUGUGAGACGCAAUUGAUCGCUCCAUUCCUCAUCUAUCUAGGGGUGGAUCUCAGGAGCCUCAACAUCAAAUCUACAUUUAACAUUAAUCUCUUGUAUCAUCAUAUUUUCUCAUAUCCCAAUUUAUAAUGGCCGAACCACAAAAACAGGGCUUUAUGUCCCGUCUCUUCCGUCCAAAAACCAAGGCAAAGCUCACAAAAGCCCCAUCCAAGGGAGCCCUAUCUCGAGUUAGCACCACCUCCUCUUCUCAACCACCAUCGCUAUUCUCCCCUCCACCAGUACCACCUCCUAAGGACAAGCCCCUGGCUCAUGGCGCAAUUUACCGCCCUUCAGACGACAAUCGAGAUGAGCAGACUGGAGAAAGGAGAGAUGACACGGAUUUGCUCCAUGGGCUCGCUCAUCACGAGUCUCAUGAUUCUCUGGACUCGCUCGCUGCUCUGAAGAUCCAGGAAGAAUGGCGCCCGCCUGGUGAACGCGAUAUUCUCUCGUUAUCCGUCAAGCUUUGGGGCAGAAUUGCUUCUUUUCUGGCCCCUGGGGACAAAGCCGCUCUAGCACUCUCCACUAGAACGUUACUGAUGCGCGUUGGAGCGGAGUCGUGGUGGGAGCUAGAGAAGGAAGAGAACAGGAAGGAGAAAUUACGGUUCUUGAUGACACUGGAUAAGCAAUUGCCAGGUCACUUAUUGUGCUUUUCCUGCGCAAAAUAUCACAAGAGAAUACAGAGAGGAGGAGAGUCACUGAAACGAGCCAAUGUUCUGAAUCCGAUCUACAGGUGCCCAAUGGUUGGAAAGCCCGGCCAUGUCGCCCCUCGAGCGCGGAUCACUCCAGGCUGGAACUUACCAUUCACAUUCGUGCAAUUAGUCAUGCGAGGCGAGCGAUAUGGAGUUUCCACAUACGGAAUCCCAGUGAACGAACUAGGGAGACGGUGGAAAGAUCCAUACAGCGAGUGGUCUCAUCAGAGCCGGUUUUAUAUCCAUAAAGGCCACUUGUUGAUGCGCGUCACGAGUAAGAGUUUCGCUGGGGCAAAGCUACCGCCGAGUGGACAGAGACAUCUGUUGUACAACAGAGAAGAUUAUACGCCAUAUUUUAGUGCGUGUGCGCAUUGGAGGGAUGGAGAAUUGAUGGAUGUGUGUAAAUGCGCGCUUUCGCAUAUUCCUGAGAACCGACAGACCGCUGCACAGCAACUGAAGCAAGGACCAACGAUACACCGGAACUUACUCCGACCGAAUCCAAUUGUCAGUCUAUGCUCGAGAUGCAGACCCAUAAGAAGGUGUCCAGAAUGUCCAUCCGAGUACUUGGUUGAACUAAAACUGGCAGAGGAUAAGGAAGAUCCUAUAGUUAGAUUCAGGCAAGCUAUUGUUGUAACUAGAUGGUGUGACUUUGGGGAUGGGAAGUCGCCGGAUAGAAUCGAGUGGGUUGCUAUCAAUGGACUGGAGGUUGAAGGGAGAGAACCGUAUGACAGCUUUACGAUGAUAGGCCGAAGAGCUAUUUCUGGGAUCUUUGAGGCUCAGAAUGGUAUUACAAUGCCGGGGCAGAGAUUGAUGAGUUUGAAUCCGAAAGGGGAGAAGCUUGGCGAGGAAGGACAUGAUUGGUAUUAAAAGAGCCCACUUCACAAAUACUAUUAUAUAAAGUAUUGAAUAGGAAGAUAUUAAUAAAAUGUACCCACGUCUUUAAAU